UCUAGAACCUACCCACUCUCCAGAGGAAAAUAAAGGUGACUCUACAGCUGAUCACGGUAACAAUGUGCCUCCAACAAACAAACAGCUACAAAAUUCGAAUAGAAAUUUCCUGUAUAUAUAAAGUAAUUAAUAAAUAUCUUUAAACCUAUUGUAUAUACAAAUCUGAAUUAAAUCCCAUUUCAUAUUUAAUUCUCCUUUAUAAUUUAAAGCCCCCCCAAUUGGCCUUGACCAAUUCCUUUUCUUAAAGCCAACAUUUUCAACUUUCUUUGUUGCUCACACACACACACACUCACACACAAACACAGAGAGAAGAAAAAAAAGAAUUAAAGCCCAAUGGAAAAUCUUUGUGGUUUGCUGAAAAUUACAGUGGUGAGAGGGGUAAAGCUCGCGGUUAGAGACGCCAGGAGCAGCGACCCCUACGUGAUUGUAAGGAUGGGCAAGCAGAAAUUAAAGACUCGCGUGGUGAAAAAAAAUGUAAAUCCCGAGUGGAACGAAGAACUUACAUUAAGUGUGACCGAUCCAAGUAUUCCAAUCAAGUUGGAAGUAUAUGAUCACGACACGUUCACACGAGACGACAAAAUGGGGGAUGCCGAAUUUGGAAUAAAGGAGUUUAUGGAAGCUGUGAAGAUGAUGAACUUAGCGAAUGUCCCGAGUGGAACAGUGAUUGCAAAAGUGAAGCCAAACAGGGAAAAUUGCUUGUGUGAAGAAAGUCACAUUGUCUGGGAAAAUGGCAAAGUCACUCAACAUAUGAUUCUCAGGCUUAGGAAUGUUGAAUGUGGUGAAAUUGAGGUCAAAUUGCACUGGGUCAAUAUAGUCUAGUUUAUAUAUAAGUUUUCAUAUUGGGUGGCUAAAAACAAGCUAAAAUGACUUGUGAUUUGUGAAUUAGGUUUUCAGUGCUUGUGGAUGAAUUUGUGGUUUUCUUAUUUUUCAUAUUUGUGUACUGCGCAAUUGAAUAUUAUAUUUUAAAGUCCUACUGCAGAGCUUCUCGGUGAAGUUUCUCCAUUUUACAAUGAAUACGGUAGUACUUUUAACGAAUGUAAGCAGAAAGUGAUUCUGAUCUUCUAAUAUUGAAUGUUGUAAGGAUUGAAUAUUGCAGAUCGACGAUCGAAAGCAAAGAGAGAAGAGAGAACAAAUUUCUGUAUUGAACGAAUAUGCGAAUCUGAAAAGUAUAAAUUGUAUCUAACACUAGAAUUUGUUGUAUUUAUAGCUUGUACAAUUUAAAAGUGCU